GAGGAGAAGUCAGGAGAGAAAGUGAGUGAAGCUAAAGCUAUAAAACUGUACGGCCAGGUUCCACCUAUAGAGAAGAUGGAUGCUUCUCUUUCCUCACUCACCAACUGCGAGAAGCUGUCUCUGUCAACAAACUGCAUUGAGAAAAUAGCUGGUCUCAAUGGCCUGAAGAACCUGAGGAUAUUGUCACUAGGGAGAAAUAAUAUAAAGGCUCUCACUGGGCUGGUAGGUUACGUAUGA